UUAGACCCAUAAACAAUAACCUAACCCACAAUGGAAGAGUAUGCGCGCGAACCGUGCCCGUAUCGUAUAGUGGACGAUUGCGGUGGAGCAUUUGCGAUGGGUUGCAUCGGAGGUGGAGUAUUUCAAGCAAUAAAAGGAUUCCGUAAUGCUCCAUCUGGAUUCAAUCGACGCUUGCUUGGAAGCUUAACAGCGAUUAAAAGCCGGUCGCCUAUAAUCGCUGGAAACUUUGCCGUUUGGGGUGGCAUGUUCAGCACUAUCGAUUGCACAUUGGUGCACUUUCGCAAGAAAGAAGAUCCGUGGAACUCUAUAAUUAGUGGUGCGGCUACGGGAGGAAUUUUGGCAGCGCGAAAUGGUGUGCCAGCCAUGAUCGGCAGUGCGGUGAUAGGCGGUGUAUUGUUAGCUUUGAUUGAAGGUGUAGGUAUCAUGUUUACGCGCAUAUCUGCCGAACAGUUCCGGAAUCCCACUCCACCGUCUGACGAUCCUUCCGUGCUGGGCGAUCCAAAUCAGCAGCAAAUGUCAACAGCCCCUCCAUCGCCGUUUGCGUUUGGUCAGUCUGGACAGAACUAUCAGUAAAAGCGUGCGCGUUACACGGUUGUUGCGGAUAUCGAAUCAAGACGUAUGCUGCCCUUUAAUUUCGGGUAGUAUAAAUGCAAUUCGUGAGGUAGACGUGUUUUCUUUUAUUGAGGUGUUCUGGCUAAGUGUAUAUUUAAAACCUUUAAUGUAUAUGUUUUGAAUGAUAGCGUGAAUGCGAUUCCAACUGUCUCUAAAAAAAGUUGGUCGAUCAGUUUACGACGUUCGAUAUUAGGUUGUCGUUA